AUGGUUGGUGAAAAGGUAUCCACCUCAAGGCGUGGUAGUGCGCAGGACGUCUCAAAGAACACACCCGAGGCAGACGCAACCGCAGGAGCCUAUGGGUCGCCUGCGCUGCACGGUGCCUCCUGGGGCGGCACCUCGCUGCGACAACGUCAGCGGAACGCACUGGGCUUGCCAAGAUCAAGUCCGGAUCAAGAUGAAUCGCGGCAAAGGUCACCGACUCCUGGACGGAGCUGUCCAGCGUCACCACCUGCUACCCGAUUACAGGGAAAGGCCGAGGAAGGCCGUCGUCACAGCACGGAACAACGUCGUAGUCUGGGCGACUUUGAAAGUUUAUCUUCUCGUUCGAGCCAAAGCAGUGGACCUAUGUCGCCGACACUCUCGGGGUUACAGACUGAGCUCAUUCCGGAGCACGCACCUCUAGACCCGGGUUUGCCGUCGAGCCUUUUUGGCCUGGGGCCGACCUGCAAGGAACACGACUCGUUCUCGGUGCCAGGUCAGAAGGGCGCACGCCCGCCACAUCGACGAACACAUGAGUAUAGCCACGAACACGCGGCAGGGGCCGACAUGGGGCCCUCCACGCGUAUCGGUAGCCUGGAAGUUAUACCACGCUUGGUCAGCGACGAGGGCAUCCACGCGCAGUUGAUGGAUACACCGCGACUGGGCUCUUUUGACGCAUCCGGAGGCAGUAUCGCACGGUCGCUAGACUCUUGGCGCCCUUGCUUGCCAAGCGACGAAAUUUUUUGCGACAUUGAUGGGUCACAGGUCCAGAAACUGGAGAAACUCGUGGGUGCGCUGCGCGCUUUGGUCCCGAGUGAUGAGGAACGCUGCACAAUUCUGGGGAACGAACUGCGGAACGCGCUCGAGCACCGCGGACUGAGUGUUCAGAUCCACACGGUCAUGCGGAUGCUCGAAGACGCUGAUCAAAUAGAGUUGACGAAGGGACAUUGA